AUGGCAGUAGUAGCGACCUUGGGCCAGGUGGCUUCUGAAUUCGCUACCGAGAUCGUAGAGCCCCAGACAUACACGCAGAGGGAGGAGCAGAUCAAUAGCAUCAAUGACUUCAUUCUCCAUCAGGCGCGGACCAUCCCAGAUACUCCUCUGCUGGAGUACCCCGGCACGGAACUUGGAGCCGCAGACUUUGUCGCUUACACUGCGAGGCAACUAGAUGAAUUCGCCGAUGAGGCUGCUAAAAACCUAGCUCGCCAGGGGCUGAAGCCCUCUUCGGCAAAGUCCACCAAGGCGGAGGUCGUGGGCUUGUUGGGGUCUUCCAACCUCGACUACAUUAUUCAUAUUCUUGCCUUAUCGAGGAUGGGAUUUUCUGUCAUGUUUUUAUCAACCCGCCUUCCAACAGAGGCCUUUGUUUCGUUGCUUGAAAAGACAGAGAGCACCCAGAUUGUGGCAGCUCCCAAGUUUUUGCCCACCAUCACAAAAAUACAGGACGCUGGCUAUCCUGUUCGAAGCUUCGAUCUUGCAGACCAAACCGUCUGGUCACAAAAGUCGAACAUUCCGACAAGGUUCCAACGCGAGACAGAGCUCAUUGACGAGGAAAAUACUGUCGCGUUUAUCGUGCAUUCCUCGGGGAGCACAGGCCUACCCAAGCCCAUCUAUCAGACACACAGGCAAUGCCUCAGCAAUUAUGCAACGGGCACGGGCAUGCGUGCAUUUGUCACGCUACCUCUGUUUCACAACCACGGGCUGUCAACAAUGUUCCGUGGGUUCGUCAGCGGGCAGCGUACGGCCAUCUACAACGCAAACCUGCCACUCACCAACGGUCAUCUUGUCGCGGCGAUGGAGGCCGCUGACUUUGAAAGCUUCCACUGCGUUCCCUACGCUCUCAAAGUAUUGGCUGAAACCAAGGAGGGUAUCAGGCAACUAGCCAAGGCUCGGCUGGUUCUGUUUGGAGGAAGUAGCUGCCCUGAUGAUCUGGGAGAUCUCCUUGUUCAAAACGAUGUCAACGUUGUGUCGCACUACGGAGCAACUGAAAUGGGCCAGCUCAUGACUUCUCAAAGGGACCCCAAGACUGACAAAUAUUGGAACUACGUUAGACCCCUGGAGAAGGUCAAGCCCUAUCUCUGGUUUGACGAGAUUACUCCUGGAAUUUUUGAGCUGGUGGUACUUGACGGGCUACCCACUAAGACUAUUUCCAACUCUGACGAACCGCCGAAUUCGUAUCGAACUCGAGACACUUUUGUGAAACACCCUACAAUCGCUGACGCCUGGAAAUAUCUUGGUCGUCUCGAUGAUCGCGUUACCCUUUUCAACGGGGAAAAGGUCCUUCCCGUCCCGUACGAGCAUCGUGUCCGGCAAAGCGAGCUGGUCCAGGACUGUCUCGUCUUCGGCGUCGGCAAGGCCUUUCCCGGCCUUCUUAUCAUGCCGAGUGAGCACGCUGCGGCUACAUCAGCUGAAGAGCUUCUGGACCAACUCUGGCCGAUCAUUGACGAUGCCAACGAAAAGGGAGAACAAUUCGGAAGAAUAUCUCGCGAGAUGGUGGCCAUCCUACCGGCUGGCACCGCCUACCCUCGAACAGACAAGGGCACAGUCAUUCGUGCUGCAUGCUACCAGCAUUUCAACGACCUCAUUGAAUCCGUCUACGAGAAGUUUGAGACUUCAGCAGAUGGCGGAGAGCGCCUAUCAUUAGAGAGUCCCGAGUUGCGGGACUAUUUGAGAAAUCUCUUCACUGAGCGGGUUGGCGUGCAAAUUUUGGAUAACGAGACCGACUUCUUCGCUGCUGGAAUAGACAGUUUGCAGGCUAUCAAUGCCCGUUCCCAUAUUGUUCGGGAAUUAGACCUAGGUGGCAAUGUCUUGGGCCAGAACGUGGUGUUUGAUUACCCAAACAUCACUCGACUUACAGAAUACCUGGUGUCUCUCAGAACCGGAUCCACGAUCGUGGAGAAGAAGGAAGAGGAAAUUAUGGAGGAACUUGUGGCCAAAUACGGCAAGUUCGAGCCAUUUAAAGCUGGUACUUCUGUCCCUGAAGGGGAAGUCGUCCUCCUUACCGGAGCAACAGGUUCACUGGGAGCACACAUUCUCUCGCAACUUCUUUCUCUUCCGCACAUUACCCACGUCUACUGCCUUGUGAGGGCCAGCUCUCCCACUGCCGCGCAAGAGCGAGUACUUGACUCGUUGAGUACCCGUGGGCUAUCACCUCAUCACAGCUCGGCUCAUGCCAGGAUCAUAGCCUCUUUAAGAGAAGGCGGCCUGCCAUCAUCCCAACACUCAGCCAAAUUCACAGCCCUACCUGCAGACCUAAGCCUACCUGAUCUUGGCUUAGGGUCAACAGUAUACGAAUCUCUACGUACUACAGUCACAUCCGUCAUUCACUCUGCAUGGGCUGUAAACUUCACCCUCAAAGUCCGGAGCUUUGAAGCGCAGCAUAUUGCCGGCCUCCGCCACCUUCUGGAUCUCUGCCUUUCCGUGCCAUUCAGCAGACCUGCACGCCUCUCUUUCAUCUCCUCCAUUUCUGCCGCAGCGGGAACACCAUCCCCUGGUCGGGUUGCAGAGACAUUUGUCAGAGAGUCAGCUCACGCGCAGAACAUGGGUUACGCUCGUAGCAAAUGGGUGGCCGAACACAUCAUCAAGGCCGCUGCGUCGUCUACCGGGAUGGAAGCUCGCGUUCUUCGCUCAGGCCAAAUCAUUGGUGACUCGGUUAUGGGGCUUUGGAACAGCACUGAAGCUAUCCCACUCAUGUUCCGUGCGGCUGUCACUUUGGGCGCAUUGCCGGCCCUGGAUGAGACACCAUCGUGGCUGCCGGUUGAUAAGUCCGCUCGGGCAGUCCUGGAGCUGACAAACUUGGCAGAAGGGGGCAGCAAGGUAGAGGGCUAUUUCCAGCGGCGAGAGGAUUCUGACGUUGUAUAUCACGUUCAGAACCCUCACACAUCGGAGUGGACAAAGGACAUCCUUCCUGCUCUUGCAGCUGCUGGGCUGGAGUUCGAGAUUGUGGGCCAGCGUGAAUGGGUGCAGCGGCUUCGCGACGGCGAGCAGGAUCCAACGCUGAACCCGACGGUGAAGUUACUUGACUUCUUUGCCGAUAAGUAUGACAAUGACAAGCCUGGGAGGAGCGGCUUGGUGUUUGAGACACAGAAGACAGAAGACAGGAGCCAGGCAAUUCGGGGUGGAUUUGAUGUUGUUAAAAGCGGGCUGCUCGCAAAGUGCGUCGAAAACUGGAAAAAGGCCUGGUCAUGA